AUGCAUCUCGUCAAGGCCCAUCUCGUUUUGGCUUUCUGUCAUCUUGGACUCACGUUUCCAAAUAACAAAGCAACAGAUCCAUUCGAAGAACUUCUUUCAAAUCCUUCGAGCACCGGGCUAAACCUUCUUGAUAUAUCUUCUGCAGACCUCGAAGCCCAGCUCCAAACCCUGAAAGCUUCAUCCUCCUUACAUGGAUUUAGCAAAUGCCAAGUCGCUGUAAGGCAAAUACCAAAUUGAUUUGCAUACGACCGCUAAUAAAACAAGUGUGCUUUACUUCCGCUAUUCGCCAUGACUGUAAGUAAUUCGAAUUCAAGCGGCUAUGAACCUUUACCCUACUGGUCGAUUCAACAAGCCGAAGUCAAACCCGGUUGUAGGGUAGACGUUUCCUCUGCGAAAGACAUCUCAAACACUGUCCUGAUCUCCAGAUUAACGCAAUGUCCAUUCGCAGUAAAGAGCGGAGGGCAUGCGGCAUUUGCUGGAGCUUCAAGUAUUCAAGAUGGGAUGUUGAUAAACUUGGCGAAACUGAAUAUGGUAUCAUUGAGUUCUGAUCGAACAGUAACGCAAGUUGGGCCUGGUAACACAUGGCAUGACGUUUAUCGGCAACUGGAUCCACUAGGAGUUUCUGUUGUUGGCGGGAGGGAGGCAGGCGUUGGUGUCGGAGGAUUGCUUCUGGGUGGUCGGUUGAGUGGCCCCAAUCAGUUGUUCAUGCUAAUGAAUUGAAGGUGGAAUAUCAUAUUUUUCUGGUCGUUUCGGGUGGGGCUGUGACAACGUUGUGAACUAUGAAGUUGUUCUUGCAUCCGGUGCAAUCGUCAAUGCUUCUCCAACCUCCCACGCCGACCUCUACUGGGCACUUCGCGGAGGGUCUGGUACCAACUUCGGAAUCGUGUCACGCUUUGAUCUCGCGACUUUCGAACAAGGCCUGUUAUGGGGAGGUAGCAAAUACUACAAUGCGGAUCAGAACAACAAACUUGUUGACGCAUACACAAAGUUUCUGACGGACGCUCCAACCGAUAAUUUUGCACAUCUCUAUGUUUCAUAUGGGUAUGCCGCACAGCUUGGAGGAUUCAUUGGAGUUGCGGGGCCAACAUAUGGAAAGGCAAUUGGAAACGCCACGAUUUUUGAGACUUUGAAUAAAAUUCCAGUCCUAGGUGAUGAAACAGGAUUUGCGAGUAUGGGUGAUUUGGCUUUGGCUCUUAAUCAGACUACCCUUGCGAGGUAGGUUUCCAAAUGCGUAUUCAGGAGAACAUGCUAACUGUUGUCCAGAGAAGUGUAAGUUCCAGAGUUCGACUGAAUCGCAGAAAAUGCUGACCUCUAAAAAGGUUCAAGACUGUAACCUUCAAGAACGACCCUGCUCUUUUCAAGGGAAUCGUCAAGAUCUUUACAGAAGAAGCCUCCACAGUUCUCACUGUGCCGGGUCUUGCGCCAUUUUUUGCUUUCCAACCAAUUUCAGACAACAUUGUCGAACAUAUGCAGAAGAAUGGUGGCAAUGCCCUGGGCCUUUCAACAGCUGACGGCCCGCUCACAAGUAAGUAAAAUGUACUCGCUGAGAAUCUUACUAAUACUCGUAGUCAUGAAUCUAAACUGGGGAUGGACAAAUGAAGUCUAUGAUGCACUAGUCCUCGAAACAGUUGACAGAUUCGUGUCCCGCAGCGUAGCAUUGGCUGAGUCCAAAGGCUUAAACCAUUCAUUCAUUUACAUGAACUACGCCAAGCUUGAACAAGAUGUUUUCGGGGGGUAUGGGGCCAAGAAUGUGGCAAGACUGAAGAGAAUCCAACAUAAGUUUGAUCCCAAAGGUGUGUUCAAGAGUUUACAACCUGGAUAUUUCAAGUUGAAAUGA